AUGGUCAACAUAACCGCCACGCUCUCCACCCUCAUCACCGCCAACCACAUCCUGCACCACCUCAACGUCCUCGAUUCCAUGGGCCACAUCAGCGUGCGCAACCCAGCCAACAACUCGACCUUUUUCAUUGCCCUGCAGCUCGGUCCUGCCGUCGUCAGCGGACCCGGGGACAUCGGCGAGUACCUAGUCGAGGACGCUUCGCCGGUAAACGGCACCGAAGGUGGGUAUGCAGAGCGCUAUAUCCACUCGGAGAUUCUGAAGCGGUAUCCGGAUGUGGUCAGCGUGGUGCACAGCCAUUCGGAGGACGUGCUGCCGUAUACGGUAGUGGGUAGUAGUGUGGGUGUGCAGCCCGUGUACCAUAUGGCUGGAUUUCUCGGCGAUAACGUGCCGAAUUUUGACAUCGAAACCGCAUACAACGAUUCUUCUCCCCGCGACAUGCUCGUCAACAGCAUCCAACUCGGUGCCGCGCUCGCCGCAACCCUGGGUGUCAACCAAUCGCAGCCUUCCUCCCCUUUGCACCCUACGGUCCUCCAGCGCGGCCAUGGCUUCGUCACGACGGGGGAAUCGGUCGAGCAGGCUGUCGACUACGCGUACUACGCCACCAGCAAUGCGCGUGUGCAGACGAACGCGCUUCUGCUGACUGGAGCUGUCGGGGGCGGAGUGCAGUAUUUGUCGGAGCAGGAGCGGAGGGAUUGCAGGAAUAUGAAUGCGUGGAUAGCGUUUAAGCCGUGGAAGCAGUGGGUGUGGGAGGUGGAGCGGAGUGGCAUGUAUGUUAAUGAAUUAGGGACGCCGCCUGAUGCGUAG